UGUGCGUCAUGACGUCAGACACCCAUGGACUGGCGGUCUGCCAUCUUUGAUUGUGAGACAGGCCACGGCGCAAGCAGCACUAAACGAGAGCAGCACUGUCUCACACGAGAUAACGGGUGGGCAAAAAAAAGACAGAAACCCAAGUCGUGACCCCCUUAACGUCCAAACAACGGUGGAAACCUCGGGAAAGAAGAAAGGGCACCGUGUUGGCACAGAAUAGAUUUGAGGCCCGUGCAAGUCGAGAGGAAAUGGUUGGAUGCUAGCUACUGUACCACGCUAGUUACCUAACUAGCUAUCGUUAGCAAGCUAGCCAGUUUUUGUAAUCCGCCGGCCACACACUCGGCUUGGAUACUACAAAACAAGCCGAACCCAGACGACAUACUAGAAGAAGAGAGACCGGCGGUGACAGGAGGCUGGUUCUGGGGGUGAGACCAGAGGACCAGACUCAAUGAGUUUCCAGCGAAAUGUCAGAGAAGUCAGGGCAGAGCACCAAGGCAAAGGAUGGCAAGACCAAGUAUGCAACCCUUAGCCUCUUCAACACGUACAAGGGCAAGUCUCUGGAGACCCAGAAAACUGCAGUGGCUGCCAGACAUGGGCUCCAGAGUUUGGGUAAGGUUGCUGUCACGCGCAUGCCCCCCCCUGCCAACCUGCCCAGCCUGAAGGCAGAGAACAAGGGCAACGACCCCAACGUUAACAUUGUCCCCAAGGACGGCAGUGGCUGGGCCUCCAGACCUGAGGGAGGAGACGAGAGGCAGUCCGAUACCCCCCCACCCCAGCCUAACCCAGGCCCCCCCCAACCCCCGGAGGUCUCAUCCUCUAUAGGGUGCAGCAGAUCCUGGGCCAACAGCAAGCCACCACCACCACAGCUAGAUGGAGCAGCCCCUCGUGUGAGCAGCCAGUUCCACCAGGAGUUCCCCAGUUUGCAGGCGGCCGGAGAGUCGGAGAAAGGGGAGGGGCAGGAGGAAGAGCCUUAUGGACCUGGACCCAGCCUCCGACCUCAGAAUGUUGGUAGUUGGCGCGAGGGUGGGGGCAAGAAUCUGACCACCUCAGCUAGCCCUUCUGAGAUGGACAGCUGUGGGCCAGAGGAGGUAGGGGCAGCUCUCAGCACCCCCUCACCCCCUGGGGAGGUGGAGGAGAGGGGCAGGGUGCCCCCUAGUGAGAAGAAAGAGGUCAGGGAGAGGCUGCCCCUGUCUGCCAAGCCUGUACCCCUCUCCUCUCAGCCCAAGCUACAACCCCCCUCUGUUCCAGCCCAGCCUAAACUCAAUGGGGGCCAGCAGGCCCCUGCCGGUGUGCCUCCCCAGUUCCACCCCCAGUUCAGGGGCAUGAUGCCACCCUACAUGUUCAAUGCGUAUCCCAGGAUGCCCUUUGCUCCAGUGCCAGGGAACAUCAGAUACCCUGUUCCACAGGAUGGAGCCAGGAGGGUCCGUCCCCAGCACGGGCCCCCCCAGGCCUGGAUCAAGGACCCAGAUAGACCCUCCAUCAUCAGCGCCACAGAGCUCAAAGAGCUUGACAACCUGGACACAGAGGCUGACGAGGGCUGGGCUGGAGCUCAGAUGGAGGUUGACUACACAGAGAAACUCAACUUCAGUGACGACGAGGAGAACCAUGCCGCCAAAGAGAAAGGGGAAAACUGGGAGUGGAUGGGUAAAGUGGAGCGGAUGAGGGUGCAGCGCCCGUCAGACGGCCAGGAGGGCAGCAAAGGCUCAUGGGUAGAUGGAAGGGACCCCAGGGUGCCCUCCCCAGGCAGUAAGGGGGUUUACAAGACUGGCCCACCACAGGACCACCAGGGUCAGCCAGGUGGGCACUCGGUGGGCAGCGGAGCCCUUCGCGUGACCAAACCCCCCACCAUUCCUCCCCCUGCUGGUGAGGAGGAGUGCGAGGCCUGGCGCCAGAAACACAAGAAGCAAGACCUGUCGGAAGCAGUAGAAAGAGCCAGGCGGAGGAGAGAAGAGGAGGAGAGGAGGAUGGAAGAGCAGAGACUCGCCGCUUGCGCAGAGAAACUCAAACGCCUCAACGAGAAACUCCGCCCGGCAACAGAUGCCAAGCACGGCCCUGCCGCCGAGACAACCAAUGAAGAGACUGGAGCUGUGUGUGAAGACACACCUCCUUUGUCUGUUCUUCCCCCUGUCUCCAAACCUACACCAUCGCAGCCUGCCCCUUCCUCUCAGCCCCCGAACAUAUCAGCCCCUCUCCAAGACCGAGAGAGUGUGGAGAGGGAAAGGAUUGAGAGGGUGGAGAGAGUAGAGCCUAGUGCGAAGGAAGAGAGCCAGUUUGUGCCUCGCCAGCCCAGCCCUCCAGUCCAGAGACCAUUGUCCAUACCCCCAGAGCCUCGGCUCGGAGAGGGUCCCCUGCGCUUGGUUGGCCCACUGAGUGAGGUGAGCCCUCUGGUGCAGGAAAGCCAGACUGAGAGACUGACGCCCAUGCCUAUCAGAGACUACUUCAGCACCGAUGAGAGCAGAGUGGAGGAACCUGUGCCACUCACUCUGCCCCUUAUGGACCCCCUCAGUGGUGAGGACGCCCCUGUGGCCCCCCUGGACCUUGAGGGAGAGGUGGGGGCUGCCAUGCGCCCCUCUCUCACCUCUGGAUACUCUAAACAGUUCCAGAAGUCUCUGCCCCCGCGCUUCCUCAGGCAGCAGGAGCAGAUGAAGCAGCAGUGGCAGCAGCAGCAACAGCAGCAGGGGGGUGGUGGUGGGGCUGUGUCCCCAUCAGGAGGAGGUGCGGGUGGAGGAUGUGUAGCUGCCUCCCAGCAGCAGCACCGCUCCCUGUACCAGCCCGUCGGCCCCCCUCACCACCAGCAUCAGCAGCACUUGGCUAACAUGGGCUUUGACCCCCGCUGGCUCAUGAUGCAGUCAUAUAUGGACCCCCGCAUUAUGUCUGGAAGACAACCGCUCGACAUGCCAAACAUGCACCCUGGACCUGGGCGGAUUCCUCCUAAGCAGAUAGUUCGUAGAGAGCCAGGGGACAGCUCCAGUUCUGAUUCCUUCGACCACCUGACCAGGCCCAUACGGGACCAUAGUCUCCCUUCUGAACCGCACAUAGUAUGGGGGUCUGACCCAUACCCCCAAACUGAACCCCUGCCCUCUGUCACACCCCCUAAAGGACGGGAGGACGAGGACAGCAGAUUGGACUCUGGGUUGGAGAUGGAAAGGGGUCUCCCAGCCAUGUACCCCAGCCAGGAUCACAAUCCCCUGGAACCCUGUGGCAAAUCAGACCUUUUCAGAGACCCCACAAAGCCCCUGUCAGGAUUCAGCCCAGGCCCAGAGGAGGCUCCAGAACCCCUGCAGACAGAAAUAGGGCCUGGUGGGUCUCCCUUUGAGCCAGUGGAGCCUAGCCUGCCCACUGGAGAGAUGGAGGCUCUGGGACAGGCCAUGCUACAUAGAACCAUCUCCCAGGGCUCCAGCCACUCCCUCAAACUGGAUGAGCCCAGGUUCGACAGCCUCCACCAGGGCACAAAGCCACUUGAGCUCCAGGAUCCAGAAGAGAGGCCAGGCGCGGAAGAUAUAAAGGCCAGUAAAGAGCCUUUCUCCCAGGCUGUUGUGGCCAACAACGGGGACACACCUCCAGCUGACGGCCUCCUCAAGCUAGAGAAGCCGGCCCCCAGCAAGCAGAAGGCUGAGCUGCGCUGGGGAGGGAGGUCUGGGGCCGGCCGGAGGGACGGACCAGGGGGAGAGAGGCCGGUACGCAGGUCUGGACCCAUUAAGAAACCUGUACUCAGAGACAUGAAGGAAGAGCGAGAGCAGCGGGAGGAGAGAGAGCGACACCGUGAGAGAGGAGAAAAGGGGGAGAGACCCAAGAAGGAGGAGCGAGGAGGAGUGAAAGCUGCCUCCGCUGUUGCUGCGGUGUCUGAGGGUCCCAGGGACAGACCCCACGGAGAGAAGGAGAGGGACAGACCCCACGGGGAGAGGGACAGACCCCACGGGGAGAGGGACAGACCCCACGGGGACAGACCCCACGGCGAGAGGGAGAGGGACAGACCCCACGGCGAGAGGGAGAGGGACAGACCCCACGGCGAGAGGGAGAGGGACAGACCCCACGGCGAGAGGGAGAGGGACAGACCCCACGGCGAGAGGGAGAGGGAUGGGAAGAGUGAGGCCCCUGAGACAGAGGGGUCUGGGAAGGGCCCCCAGAGAUCCAGAGAUUCACAUGCCCCGAUACCAGCCUCCCAGGACGACAAGACAGACCAACUGCCGACCAAUGACAAAAACCCUGAACCUAAAUUACCCUCUAGGAAGGAGCCCAACCUGCCCCCACGGACCUACCGCCGUGAGGAGAGGGAAAGAGACCGGGAGAGAGAAAUGGAGAGGGACAGAGAGAGAGACUGGCCGGCUGAUGGUUUUAGAGGCCGAGGCAGAGGGGAGUACUACUCUCGAGGACGGAGUUUCCGGGGGACUUACAUUGGUCGAAGUAGAGGUGGCCGGGGUCGUAGUCGAUGGGAGUACCCUUAUCAGGAGCCGCGCUCAGACUUUCCUGCCGUCAGUGGCGCUGCUGCCUUCCGCUGCCGUGAAGAGAGCGAGACGCGCAGCGAGAGCUCAGACUUCGAAGUGAUGCCCAAACGCAGACGGCGUCGUGGUUCCGAUACCGACUCGGAGAGCGAAGGAGGACGGGAGUCCGCUAGCGACACUGGGGCUUCAGACCGUGAGCCCAGUGCCAAACCACCCCGACCGCUCCACAGUGAAAUACCAGGAGAGCCCCGCUCCGGACCACACAAACCUGGCUUCGGACCCCAUCACCUGGGGGAGAAAGGAGGGCCCAGGGGAGGAGAUGAGGGAAGGCCCAAGCCAGGCUUCCUGCCCAAAGGAGAUCCUUCACGGCGGGGGAGAGGGGGACUGUACAGCAGGCGAGGGGGAGCCAGGGAGAGAGGAGGUCCUAGGUCAGCUCCUCUCAGACGACCAGGAACUAGAGAGUCGUCCUCCCAAUGGCCCUCUAAACCCAUGGAGACCUCCGCCCCCGAGGACACAGAACCCUCGUCAUCACGCUAUGACAACUGGGACCACCACUCGGACCGACGGCCCGUUCGAGGGGACAGAGACCGACAGUUCGAGGGGAAGAAGUUUGGGGAGGGGGGACCCCAGAGUAGCAGAGACAGAGAGAGGCCCCGUCGCCCUCGGCCAGCCCGACCCCCCAGACAGGACAAACCCCCCCGCUUCCGGAGGCUGAAGGAGAGAGAGGCUGCAGUCUUAGCUGGAGGAGACACAGGACCAGGACCCACCUCCACUGCCCCCGUCCCAGCCUUAGUGCCUGGCCCUGUCUCCCUGUCCCCUACUCUCUCCAGAGCUCCAGGGGCCCCCUUCACCCUGCCUGUAGAUAAGGAACCCAAAGCCGCUGACCUAACCUCUGACCCAGCCCUGCCUGACUCCACCCCUCCCACCACCUCUGCCGUGGGCACCAAGUCACCUGACCUGUCCACGCAGAACUCUUCUGACCAGGCCAACGAGGAGUGGGAGACGGCGUCGGAGAGUAGCGACUUUAACGAGCGUAGAGAACGGGAAGAGAGGAGGGGAGCGCGGGAAGCUGCUAGCUGCACUGCCCAGCCCUCGACACCAGCCCCCCUACCCCCUCAAGGCUCAGCACCCCCCAGUAGGACCCCCACCGAGGGAGGGGUGACACCCAAACGCGAGGCAGCCGGGCCCGCCGGAGGCAGGAGGAGUUUCUCCAGUCAGCGUCCGGUGGAGAGGCAGAACCGCUGGGGGAAUAGCGGACCCAAACCAGGCCGCAGCUACGCAGGGGGAAAGGGAGAGAGGCGAGGAGGGGGCAAGGCUGUACGCAGAGGAGCGGCCCCUAACCCAGACUCGGCCCCAGGUGGGGGAGUGGUGCGUACUGGGGGUAAAGACCCUGCUGGACGCAGGAAGGAUGAGACCAAACAGAAACCCAAGGAGAAGGAGAAUGCUCUGUUACAGUUUGACCUAAACAACUAUGCCAGUGUGGUGAUCAUAGAUGACCAUCCAGAGGUGACAACCUUAGAGGACCCCCAGUCUAACACUACAGAUGACGGCUUCACUGAGGUGGUCUCACGCAAACAACAGAAACGACUACAGGACGAGGAGAGGAGGAAGAAAGAGGAGCAGACUACACAGCACUAUGGGAAGAAAGGAUCAGGGGAAAAGGGGAGAGGAGGAAGCAAGCUGCCACCAAGAUUCGCCAAAAAACAGCAGCAGCAUCAACAACAAGCAUCACAACAACAAACACAGCAAGCCUCACAGCCACAGCCUCAACAGCCCUCACCUCCCCCCCAACAACCCCAGCCCCUCCUAUCUGCCUCCCAGCUCCCUCCCCCCUCCCAGCCUGCUGCCUCUCCCCAGACUCUGGAAGGCUCUGUGGCCACCUUACCCACUGCCCCUACCCCCACCACUGUGGACUUCACCUCCAAGACUCCCCUUCCCCCUGUGGCCCUACUCACACAGCCCCACAGCACUCUCGGUACGGAACUCUGGGAGAACAAGGUGGCCGGAUCCACCAUACUCCCUGACGUCAAAUUUGGACCUAUCAGCCCUCCUCAGCCUCCUUCAGUCAGUGCCUGGAACAAACCUCUCACCUCCUUCACUGGGACUGUCACUCCUGAGGGAGUGAAGCCUGGCUCAGAAGGCAGUGUGGAUCUAGGGAUGGACAGUAUCCAGUUUGGAGCCCCGUCCUCAGCUGGCAGUACAGACAGCGAUGGUGUACCAGCCAUGCUUGAGCCUGGACCUGACAACAAACUACCUGCUCCCAAAGAACAGAGACAGAAACAGCCCCGUGCUGGACCUAUCAAAACACAGAAGCUCCCUGACAUGGAGCCAGUAGAGCCUAAGGAGUACAAGCCUGGCCCUAUUGGUAAAGAACGCUCCCUGCGUAACCGCAAGGCUAAGGACGUCCGUGUGGGGGGGGGAAGAAUGUCUAUUCCAGCCCCCCCCAACACAGACGCCUCUGUUCCUGAGCUAGGGGGCGAUAUCGAGGGGAUGAUCACCAUACCCUCGGCAGAGUACGCCAGCAGCUCCAAGGAGUCAGUGACCGACUACACCACCCCCUCUUCCUCUCUGGCUGACAGCGUUCCUGCUGGAGGGAGUAAGAUGGAGGAGAGCCUGGUGGCCAACGUGGCCCUGCCUCACCCUCUCCCUCGUAGAGAGGCCUUACAGCAGAGCUCUAGCCUCAGUACUGUCUCUCCUGCUUCUGUUGACCUCACACUGAAGAUGGAGUCAGCCCGUAAAGCGUGGGAGAACUCCCCCAGCCUGGUAGAAAAGAGUUCUCCUGUCACCUCCUCUUCUCCUAUCACCUCCUCCUACUCCUCCUCCUUCUCCUCUGCCUCCAUGCCUCAGAUACCAGUAGCCUCCGUCACACCAAGCACUUCUCUGACAGGUGCUGGGACAUACACCACGUCCGCUCUGAGCACUAAGACCACCACGGCCUCUGACCCCCCCAACAUCUGCAAGGUGAAACCCCAGCAGUUGCAGACUGGAUCCAUGGGCGGGACCAGCUUCUCCCAGCUGGGCUGUGUGGCCCCCCUGCUUCCCCAGCAGCAACAGACUCCACAGGUCUACGUCUCCCAGUCUGCUGCAGGCUCUGCAGCCCAGAUUCCAGCGUUCUACAUGGACACCAGUCACCUGUUCAGCAACCCCCACUCCCGCCUGGCACCUCCCCCUCUGACACAGCACCAGCAACAGGGCUACCAGCCUAGACUCUCACAGCAGGCGGCAGUGCAGCAGAUUCCUAUCCCAAUCUAUGCUCCCCUACAGGGGCAGCACCAACACACACACACACACUCUCACCAGGCCCAGCUAAGCCUCAGCACCGGACCUCCCGUCUCCCAGCAACAAGACCUCUUCAGCUCUUCACUGCAGCCUUAUAGAUCACAGCAGGCCUUUAUGCAGAGCAGUCUGUCCCAGCCCAGUCCCAUGAUGUUAUCAGGGCCAUCUCUCCACAGCUACCCUGGUGUUGGGGGCCAUGACCUGGGCAAGCCCCAGUCCAGCCUGGCCUACCAGCAGCCCUCCAACACACACACACAGCAUAUCCCCAUCCUGUUUGAACCACAGCUCAACCAGCCCUCUGGCAUGGGAGGAUCCCAGCUGAUAGACACACACCUACUGCAGCGUCAGGGGAUGAGUCCACAUUCUAACCUGUACUCAGGACAGGUGCAACAACACGGACAGAGCAGUUACUAUAGUAACACACAGUCUCCUAGCUCUGCCAUGCAACAGGUGCAAGUCCCUAUGCCAGGCUCCCAGCUCGGUCUUCCUAACUAUGGUUCCGGGGGCAGCCAGCCCCUCCUGGCUCUGCCCCCCACCCCUCCCCAGGCCCAGCCCCCCAACCGCCAGACCCCAGUCUCCCAGCCCUACAGGGGACCCUUCGGACACACACACAGCGUGAUGCAGCCCCCCUCCAGCAAGAUGUGUGAGAUGGACCUGAAGCUGUUUGGCAGUGGGAUGGACAUGAAGCCUGGGACAACUCCUCACAGUGCUAGGAGCACUACCCCUACACCUAGUCCUUACAGGGCCAGCUCUACAUCUCCCAGCAGCCAGUCCAGUAAGAUGAACAGCAUGCUGUACCAGAAACAGUUCCAGCCCAGCUCUGCUGCCAUGAGAAUCACACAGCACUUCCCCAGACAGUUCAACCCACAGAUUCUGUCCCAGCCCAACCUGGUCUCUCCUCUGGUGCGCCCUCCCUCCCACACCCAGCAUGCUAACUCAUUUGGUGGAGGGAUGCAGCGUUCGCCUAUGGGCCCACCCCCCAUGUCUCCCUCUCUGGGAGGGGGUUUGAUGCCUCACCCCCGGCCGCAGCAGCAGCAGUUCCCCCAGAUGCACCCCUCCCACCCCCCUAGAGGGCCUCUUCCCCCCCUCGCACCUAGAGGCCCUACGGGUCCCCGAGGCAACCAGGCAGAGCAGGACCUUAAGGCGAAGCAGCGAGCUGAGGUGCUCCAGUCGACUCAUAAGUUCUUCUCAGAGCAGCUCAAGGCUCCGUCAGUCUCCAAACCCUCUCGUCUCGACCAGGGGAGCGGCAAACCCCCCCUCGACAUCCUGCCCCCCAACCACCAGACGGUGGGAAUCGUGGAGCGCCCUGAGCCCGACAAACCCUCCCUGUCAGCGGGCAAACCCAUCCGCACCGGCCCCAUCAAGCCCCAGGCCAUCAAACAAGAGGAGGGAAAGUAGAGCCUCACACAUCUCCACAGAUGGAGGGAUGGGGAGAGAGAUGAUCCAGCUGUUCCACAUAUUCAUGCAGUCACUCGCUCACACAUCACCCUCGCUGGUGUUAGAGGCGGAGAAAGAUGGGAGAGGUGGGGGUGUAUAAGUCAAUGGUUACUGAGGGGGCUACUGUGUGUGUGUGUGAUCCAACCUCAUCUCUCUCCCCUUCUCCUCCUCUCUUGUCCUCCACUAUUGGAGGUCUGUGUGUGAUUUUUAACCCCGCCUCUUGUAAUUUGGGCGGGGCGGAAGACGGCAAGCUGUACUUCAAAUGUCUACUAAGAUGGUAAAAAAAGAUUUGCUAGUUUGCCAUUUUUAUAGCCCUAUGAUUUCUGUUCCUUUUUCACAAUAGAAUCCCGUUAUUAGGAGGACAGGGCUGUUGUUUUUGUUAACAGGAGAAUCAAGCAAUCUUUUGUUUUUGUAGUUGGAUCAAACAAUCUUAUUUAAGGAUGUAUUUUAGUGAAGCACAGACACGUUCUAUUCCUCUGCCGGUCUUCCAUCCAUCAUUGCUAACACACAGCUGUGUGAGUGUAUACAAGCUUGUACGAUCACCACACACACAAACUCCCUCUAGCGCUCAACACUUUCACCAAUAUUCACUAAAGAGAGAAACUAUGAAAUCAGGGUUUUUCCUCGAAAGGAAAUGUAAGAUGCAGCAGUUGAUUUAUUUAAUUGAUUAGUCUGCCUUUUCUCUUGCUUGCAUCUCUUUGCCUGAGCGGAAUGAUAAAGGUGGUGUUUGUGUGUGUUUGCGUGGGGCACACGGGAGGCCACUGCCCGGUUCUCUCCUGUAUCUUUAGCCAAAGGUUGAGCGUGCAAAGAUGAUUUCACAGAGCCUUGAGAAUCCCUGUUGUUAUGGCAGCAGAGUGGAUGGGGAGUUAUUAUGGGCUGUCUGUAAACGGACAGACAGACCCUGAAUCCAGUCUGGGAGCUUUCCUCCCUCGAGAGAGAGAGAGAGAGAGGAGGAUAGAAUACCUCUUCACCACUGCUCACACGCCCAUCGUAACGGUGUCUCACACACUCACUCAAUUGCCUGUAGGGCACCCAACCCUGCUGCUACUAACAGAAAGGGAGACAGUACUAAUUCAAACUGUAGAAACAAAACAGUUCAGUGUGGCUUUCUGUUAACCCUCACCAAGAGGGAAAGGGAGACAGAAUGGGGAGAAAUAAAACAAAAUUAGAAAUAGCUUUGCGUUCAACUGCAGACUAGUUCUGCUGCAUUUCAGGGCAGAAGGACAGGUGUUUAGUGUUGAGAGGAGACAUUAUUCCUGUCUCAUCUCACUUCCACUCACUCAAACCUACACCACUCUCUCAUCACUGGUUUACCAUGGUGACAAGGGUCCUUCAGAAAUGUACAGUAGUAUACUCCACUAGUGGGGAGGGGUCUAAUUACCCCCCUAACCAGAACACGGGAUGAGGAACCUUGUGUAGGAGGACAUAGUGGGGGGGUAAUUGGUUUGUUUUUUCUUUUACUUGUACAGGGGGUACAUCGCUGUAUUAAAAUAUGUACGGUCUUACAUUCUUGGUUUUAGUUAAGAAACUAAUAAAAUAAUAUGCUGUUUAAAAAGUGGCCCUGUGUCUGGGAUAGUUUGAGUCUGUUUUAACUCAUGAUUCUGUUUGAAGAACCAUGUAGUUACAGAUACCGGAGGAGGGAAAACUCAACAUUUACUUAAGAUCACAGUGGAAAUAACACUGCUCGCACACACAUCCAGUUAGGGUAGAAAUCCAGAGGCCAGGAUUUUGUAGGAAUGUGGAAGAUCCAACUUUUGACCAUUCAGUCCUACCACAGCCUCAAACCCCCUCCCAGAGAGGGAGACAUGGGGGGUGGGCCUAUAGGCGAACGCUGCAUCCCCCCCACCAAAUGAGUUAGCAUGCUGGUUGUGGGACGGAGGGCGCACCAGAGGAGAGACCAGGUUGGGCUGGGACAGUUUGAACCUUGGACCCACUUCAUUCGGGGUUCCCCAGUAUUUAUGAGACUAUGAAAAGUGGGCUUUUAAUCUUCACAACCACUUUGAAGCUGUCAACUGAAACCAAUUUGGAAAUAUGGAGUCAGUCACAGGCAAGAAACUACGGAGUUCAUUCCAUCAUGAUUUGUGUACAGAUUCUGUUGAGGAACUUGGGGUUACACAAAGGGCUCUGGCCAGAAGUAGUGUACUACAUGGGCAAUAGGUAAUUUGAAAGUCUGGGGUAGCUUCUGGUGAAGUGAGGUAUGUUUGGCCAACCUCAGAGGGAAGUAUUUAGGAGGCUAGGACAGACUCCCCUCUAUGCCACAUCAAACCCUCUCUGCCCCUUGGUGGGUUAACGAUGGAGAAAGCUCAUAAAAGCAGGGGUGGGGUUGCUCUCUCCUUCCUCUACCUCCCUCCCUACAAUUAAACAACAUUCCUCUUUUCCUAAUCCAGUGGAAAUACCGCUGUCCUGUCUCCCGUCCACCCACAUCACGUGUAUGUGUGGAGAGGUACCAGUAAACAUGUUAUUGAUGUGUUGCGUCUGAAGACUGUGGUAUGAGAACAUCCUGCUUCUCCUUCCUGAUGAGGAACCAGCCAUCUCAGACACCAUACCAGGAAUGACUGACAAAGGGACUUUCACACUACAUCCUAUUGCUGUUUAAACAUCUAUUACAGAAACGUGAUGGUAUGAUAAUAAAACGUAUAACACUAA